CUCCAUCUCUGGUUCGGCGACAGCCUGGUGAACUACUGCUCUCACUCCUCUGCCACUUGCGAAACCCCCUUGUCCAACAAUCUGACGAGCCCGGGGGGUUAGGGCUUGGGAGUGCAGAUCCUGUUUCCCAAGUUUCUUGCUGUCCUGCGUCUGGCAUAUCUCUUCCACCACUGAGCUUCUAUUUGGCUGCCAAUGUCGCAUUGAGAAUAUCUGCUCCCUCCGCAACACCCACCACGACCUCGCUCUACUCCCCGUAACCGCACGAAUGCGUUGACGAUAUUGCCCUGGGACUUGGUGCUGUCUUCUUAGCCAGCAGCUCGUCGUCUUCGCGCCGUCGCAUUCUGUCAGGGUCAGCCGUCUAGCUCGUUGAUUCGAAGUCGGCCACCAUGGCGAAUGCGCACGCCCACCCUAUCCCUCCCGCCAUCCCGCACGACCUGUUUACACAGGAAGUCCCUCCGUCGCCGACCUUGACAAAUCCCGACAUGAUCUUGCCGUAUCAGCCUCACCUCGACUCGAGUCCCAGUCCACGUGCGUCUUCGCCGAUCUUACACUCUUCUCCGCUGCCCGUCCGUCCAGAUUCUGCAGUGUCGCUGGGUUCUUCUCCACCUGAGAUUGAGCCCGGAGUUGAGCUGGGGAUUGCGACAACCAUUAGAAUGCCCUCGAGGGCUGUCCCCCCGAUCAAUACCAACUACUACGGCUACGAACACGGGGCACCCCUGAGCGACAUUGGAGAGGAGGAAACCCCGAAAUCGAAGAAAAGUCGGCGGACCGAGAGCCCACUCAUGUCAGAUCCUCCUUCGCCGUCUCCCGCGGGCCCUUUUGUGCAUGCGACCCGGAGGUUAAGCACUCAAUCCUCCUCGAGCAAUGGCUCCGAUCUGGGUAAUUGGGAGGACUUCGAUACCUCCAAGAUCAUGAACGGAAGACUGGCUGCAGACGUGGCGAAGGUUCCAGACGAAGAGAUUGAGGAACCUGACAGCAAGAGGAAUAGCACGAUUACGACUAACGCGGAAGAUGAGAUGGCUUUGCUCAACGAACGAGCAGAGAGAAUUCUGGAGCAUGCCAGGAAGCGACUGACACAUAUGGAGGAUAACCUCAGUAAAGCCCGUCACAGCAUCCUUUUAUCGUCGAGAUCCUCGCCAAAUAUGAACGAACUUCACCAGCCGGCCGGUGGAUUAUACCGGUCCAUUUCUUUGGCCGGUGCAAGCCAGCGAAAGCCCAGACCACUUCAUCUUGUCAACAGAAAUAACUCUGUGGCACACGCUAGAGGCGGUAGUGAUACGACGGCAGGUAGCUCGGGACUGAAGCGCCUUUCCAUGAUUCCCGAAGUCAGAUCUGCAAGCGCCUUGGAAUAUGGACGCCGACAAGAAUCUCCCCAACAACUGCUUCACUCGCCAUCUGCCAGGGGCGGCCCAUAUUCGCCGGCGAGUAAUCGCAGCUUCAAUUCGCCGUUGCGGGUGUUGAAGGAGGAAGAAAGUCCUCCAACCACGACCGAGACAUCCCCAGAGACGCCAGCCCCGCGAGGCCUGGGCAUCAACACCUUAGCAGCCGUGUCUAAAGAAGAUAUUUCGGUGGUCACAAGCAGUCCCCCCACGGCUGUUGCUCGCUCUUCAUCGGCGAUGUCAAACCGGUCUACCAAAGAAAUUCGAGAACAGAUGUCGAAUCUGCAGGCCAAAAUUUCCGACCUGAAGGACAAAGCACAGGCCGACAGCCUGAGGAGAAAGAGUUUGCAGAGCAUGAGAACGCCCAGUCCCUUUGCGAGUGCGCAGAGCCCUGAGCAGUGGUACACGAGUGCCCCAGAGUACAGAGAGACAGGCAGCCCGAUUAACACGAAUGCUGGGAUGGGGUGGAGCCCAUCACGACAGAAGAAGCCGCUGGACUUCCAUGUGGCACCAGUUACGCCGCAGGCACAAACGUUACUCAACGUCGAAGUUCCGGCAACCAAAGAUUCUAGCUUUGUGAGUGAAGCCAGGACGGACAAGAACACCCCAAGUCUCCACAAGUCGAUCCAUCUGCAGCCGGAGCCUCUGGAAAAGUCAAAUUCAGUGCUUCAAGAAUCGCUGUACGAAGAUGCAGCACAAGACUUUGACGAUGACGAACCCAUUGCGGCUUCGGAAGAAGAGCAAAUAUACCUAAAUGAAGUUCUGGAGGAGAGCUUGCAGGACCUCGAGCCCGACGUCCCCGAGAUCCCCGAACAUCUGCUUCCUACCGAGGGCGCCGCAGAACGUCACGAGGACCGAUUGGAUGCUUUCGACUAUGAGAAUAUGUUCCUUCAUAGUGCGUUGGGAAAUUAUACUGGGACGGGUACUAGAAGUGAAACUCCUAGCGAGAGUGAUCGCAGCAGUGUAACAACGACACGCAUGAACCAGGACACACCGACAAUUGACGAAGAUGACACGGAAACUCAGCUUGAGGAAACAGAAACAGAAGAAGCCGCAAACACCCCGAUCCAAGAGAGCUUCCUCAAGCCUGGGACUCCGCCCAAUCCCACUCCGCUUGCGACACCCCCGAAACCGUGGAUGAAGGCGGCCCGAAGCAAUAGUAUGGACUCUGUUUCAACUGUCGCCACUUUUGCGACGGCGACUGAGGGGGGAGGUGGUGGCGAAGACGAUGCCGAGGAUGGGAUGCCGACCGAGAUUCUCACCUGGGGCAAUGGGACGGGGUUUUCCCAAACACCAAUGAGUCCAAAACGCGAAAAUACAGCUACCGUGUGGCCAACACCUCCCAUGAGUGGACGAGCUCGACAAGGUCAAAUGAGAUCUCCGCGACAAAUUCAGACGCAAGGGAGUAUAGUUUCUAACGGCAUCCCGACCCCUCCUGUCCACUCACCAAAUGCCUCUUUUCCCACUCCAAGAGCAUUCGGUCCGACUAGUGUGUCAAAUGAGGUGCCAGUCGACCACCCCGCCAAUACUGAGAUCCUAAUGGAGAGUCUGAUCAAACUAGCAGACCCCGAAUUCAAGGUCGGCGAAGGACCGGGGUCGGUGACCUUUUCGAGCGUCGACAAGGAUCUCGUCCUUGAUCUCUUGCGAGCUGUGGGGGGCGUCUGCAAUGAGAUCCUGCGGUCGGAAAGGAAACACGAAGUGCGUGCUGCAAAGGUGCUCAGGAGGAGACUGGACGAAUCAAGGAAGCUCUUAGAAGGGAGAGCCGACGAGUAGCCAAGUGCUGUGGGCCGCCCCGGGUGACAUCCCAUCCUAUGAUACAAGCAUGGGUGGCGCUUCGAUUCUGGAUGCUCUCGAGUGGGGGACUUGACACCAAACGACAAUAGUUGGCAGCUGAACAUUUAUUAAUUCGAAAUUAUGAAGACAUGGGUUGAUGCUCGGAAGACGAAGGGCUGGUUUCGGAAGACAAGGAAAACUCCCCCUCGAUAUCGGCCUUAUAUAUACUACUCCAACGUUUUAUACUGGACUUGCACCACAUAUGUUAUCAAUGUAAUAUACAUGACGA